ACCAUGGUGAAAUUCUCUAGUCUAUGGACGAUACCAAGAAAUGGUUAAUCAUCAACUUCUUGUGGUUAAUUCUUAUGUUGUGUACGUGGCCAUUAUUUCAGUUUGCCAUGCCGCCGAUGUGAAAUACAAGGGGUGCAUGGUGCCAGAGAACUUGCUGGAGCUGUGGAAGACGGUGCGGGAAGGACAGGACCCUGCUAAAGACUCCCUGCUGCGAGGUCCGUUCUCUCAUCGGCCGGAUGUCAAAGGCGACCUCAGUGUACAGAAAUGUGUUCUGCACUGCUGGUCCGAGCGGUUCAACUUCGCGGCUAUGCAGGGCGGCAGCCACUGUUACUGUUCGUCGCACGUGGAGGAGCUGAUGACCGUGAGGGACUGGUUCUGCCGCGAGCGGUGCGUGGGGACCUGCCGGGAGAUGUGCGGGGGCAGAGUAGCCAUGUCCGUCUACGAGACAGGUUAUGAAAAAGAACCACAACAACUGCUGUCUUUUUCGAACGACAUUGUUAAGGCAGGAAUGGUGGGCUGUUACUACAAGAUCGGCGAGGCCAGACUGUGCUCCUCCUCUAGAGAACAUCACGUGAAGCCUGCAAUCAGAAGCGGCCGGAUGACUCCUCAGUUAUGUGCCCUUUAUUGCGCAGCCGGAGGCGAGAAGUUAAAAAACGACGUGGCCGUUGUAACGGCUAAGGACGCCUGCUGCUGCGGCACCAACACCCAGCUGGCGACUUCCGGCCAAGACCUACAGGGUGUUCCACUUGACCAGUGCGCCAUGGCGUGUGUGGGCGGAUCACACUCCACCUGUGUCGGGGAGGGGGUGCUGAAUGGCAGGGUGGAGCAGCUCAUCUCCGCCUACAUUAUACCCAAAAUGCUGUCAGUGGGCAUGCCUGUGGUACCUGCAGCUGUCUUCCAGACUGACAACGGCUGGCUCUAUCCCAAAUUUGUUGACAGUUUUGAUGUCUCAGAGGAGACAUUGAUGAAAGAGGAUAAAGAGUUGGAAGAGCUUGAGAUGGGUGGUGAGAAAAAAACAGAAGAGAUAAAGACAAACCGGACUGUGGGUGAGCACGCCACCAAGCUCCAGUCUGGUCCCAUUGUGUACCCUGUAAACACUGGCGCAGAAGUGAAAGACGUGCCCAAGGAGACUCAUGGAGGCGGUACAAACCUGAUUGUAGUUGGUGCUGUGACGGUGUCCAUACUACUGUUUGGUGCAAGCGUCGGGUAUGCCAUCCAAAGACGAAAAACACGUGAUGCUUCUGAGAAGUCUCCGGAAAAUAAUGCAGAAGACCAAAAGCCUUUGAUAGCCAAAGUCGACAUGCAGCUCAGUGACCAAGAUGGCGGUUUCGAAGAAUCUACUGAAAGUCCCGCAAGCCAGCGUCCCAGCAAAAAAGUGGGAAAGGCAAUCUGAGGUUGAGUCUGGUCACCUGGACAACAACCCAUUGCUCUGACUUUUGUUCAGCACUGGCAGUUAUUUUUUCGCCCAAACAGCGACAAGUACGCGUAUUUCUUUUAUCCGUUUUUGUGAUAUUGUAUCCAGAGUUGAUUUCAGUAAAAGUAAAUGAAGCAGUCAUUGUUUUGAAA